AUGGAAAACUUAAUCGGUCAAGGUAUAAACGCUGGAGAUGUGAAAAAACUACAAGAUGCUGGGAUACAUACCUGCAAUGAUCUGAUGAUGCAUACCAAGAAGAGCCUCCCUGGAAUCACUGGUUUAACAAAGGCCAAAGUUGGCAAAAUCUGGGAGGCAGCUGAGAACAUAAUGGCUCUAAACGAGGCUCCCAAUGAAGAAGCUCAUGAGCAAGCUGUCAACGUUGAAGAAGCAGAACAUUGGCAACAACUCAUUGCUGGUGAUCCUCUGUUCGAAGCAACGGAAAAUUUGGUCUCUCAUGGUCAAAUCGAACGUGCACAAGUCGCAAACCUUCUAGCAUUAGGUAUAAAUACCUACAAGGAGCUGAAGAAUCAAUUACGUGAAAAUCAUGAUGGAGUCCACGGUUUAGCAAACGUUAACAUAAUUGUUGAUGAGGCAGAGAAAAUUGUGGCUCUAAGGAGAGCUGAAUCUAAUCUCCAAAAAACAAUUAAUAACAUUGGGAAAGGAGCACAGAGAUACAACUACAACCGUAAACGAAAGCGUUACGAGGUAUUGACUACCUCUAUUAAACUCAAUGCUCGAACCCCCACUCAAAUAGAUCAUUGGAGGAGAGAGCGAGAUGCUUGCGACAGGAAAUUGAAGAAUAUGCGCAACAACAACUAA